UGUAAGGCCAGCGUAUAUAUAUAUAGACCCGUGAGCAUCACUCCUUUCGAUCCCUAUCCUGCCGUGAAAGCAUCAGCCAGCAUGGCCGCAUCUACCCAACCCAUCUUCGUCUUCGACAGCACCCGCCUACGCUCCCAUCUCUUCUUCCGCUAUGUAUCCACCCACCCAGCCUUGGCCCCCAUCUACCAUCCCUUCCUCACCUCCGCCAUGUUCGGCCCCGAGCGCAUCUCGCUGUAUUUCCGCCACUCGGAUGCCCGCGAGAAGGAGGUUCGACAGCAGCGCGCCGAUUGCCCCGACACGCCGGCAACGUGCCGUCAAGCGCUCACGGACGCGGUGGCGCAGGCAGAGAAGGAGGGCAAGAUCCCCUUUUUGAACGAGCAUUGGUUCGAUGUGCUGAAGGUUGACGUUGUCCUCGAACUCUUGCGAGGCGGAAUUCCUCUCGAUCAACCGUCUGCUUUGGGGACCAAUCCAACGUAUCUCGCAGAUGACUUUUUCCACGCUCUCCGGCCCAUAGUCCUCAUUCGACAUCCCGCCCACUCAGUCCGCUCCAUCUACGAGUCCGCGUUGAAAGCAACGCAACAGCGGCCCGGCGACGAAGACUUCGAACUCAUCACAACGAACAAGCCGAUCCGAAUCCUUUUUGAUUAUUUCACGGCGCAGGGAAGACAGCCCAUCGUCGUCGAUGGAGAAGACAUCCUCUGGCGCACAGAGGAGAUGUCGAAAGCGUUGUGUGCGAAGCUAGGUCUUGAUCCCAGCGGUCUGAGCGAUAAGUGGACUCCCACGUCGAAGGAGGAGAUUGAGCGCAUGCAUCCUCUUCUGUACAUGUUGACGAAGAAUAUCCAUGAUUCGGCGGGCAUCGAGCGCCCAGCUGAGAAGGUGAGUGCAUGUACAUCUCUAGCCUAGGAAGUGCAAGACUGCUGACGGAGGAAUGUAGCCUGCUGAGCCAAGUAUAGAGAGGACUUACCAGGCGUGGAAAGAGAAGUACGGCGAAACGGUUG